CGCUGCGGUGACUCUGGCUCCAGGCUCCCGGCGAGAUCCCCGAGCCCCGGCGGCUGGUGCUGGGAGCCCGGAGCCCGGGCUGCAGCCGGGAGAGGGGAAUCUCCAGCAGGGCCCUUCCCGCUGCUCCCCAGGAGCCUCUCCCAGGGCAGAGCCCCCAGCCCGGCCAGGCCCCUUCCCGGCCCGGCCCCUGCCCCAGGGGGCCCCGCUCGGAGGGAAGCAUGGCAGAGUCCUAGAAUCAGAGCGUCUGUCUGCAGGCGGAGAGCCUUGGGAGAAUUGGGGGGACAUGGACUCCAGCCCCUUAUGAAACCUGCCCAAUCUUCCUGCUCCUCUGACAGGCUGAGGAAUCACGUCCACGUUUCACUCCAGAUCGUCCCGUCUUCCAGGAGACAGGGCAGGGAAAUGGCUGUGAUGGAGCCAUCUCAGAUGCCAGUGACCUUCGAGGAUGUGGCUGUGUAUUUCACCCAGGGGCAGGGGGCUCUGCUGGACCCUGCUCAGAGAGCUCUCUACAGGGACAUCAUGCAGGAGAACUACGAGACGGUGACCUCGCUGGGAUUCCCCAUUCCCAAACCUGACCUGAUAACUCAGCUGGAACAAGGGAAAGAGCCGUGGGUACCCGAUCUCCAGGCCUAUGAGGGAAGAGAGAUCCCAGGAGGCGCCCACACAGCAGAUGAUGAGAGAGUGAGUGAGAAUAAGGAUGGGAAUCGACAGCAGGAAGUUUCUGGGCAUGGGGAACCACAGGGGACCUUUGUGGGAAGAGCUGAAGAGAAAUUUUCCCAGUGCUUGGAACAGGGAGAAGCCUGGGAAAAUUGGCAGAGGUCAAAGAGUCUGCUGGGAAAACCCUUAAGGGAGCAAAUGGAUGAAUUUGUUAUAUAUGGGGAAGGACACAGGAAUCCCACAGCCAGGGAGACAACCCCCAAGGGAGACAAAUGCUAUGAAUACCUCGGUUCUGUUACGCUUCAGGCAAUAAAUACUGGAGAGAAAACACUUCAAUGGUUGGACUGUGGGGAAACCUUCAACAAGUGCUCAGAUCUUGCUAACCAUGGGAGAAGCCACCUGGGCGACAGAUCCUCUCGGUACCUGGAGGGCAGGAAUUGUUUGAUUUGGAAGUCAGCGCUGAUUACACAUCAGAAAAUCCACACAGGGGAUAGACCACAUAAGUGCUUAGACUGUGGGAAAAGUUUCACCUGGAGAUCAGCCCUUGUUAGACAUCAGGCAAUCCACACCGGAGAGAGACCCCAUAAGUGCUUGGACUGUGGAAAAAGUUUCCUAUGGAGGUCAGUCCUCGUUAAUCAUCAGGCAGUCCACACAGGAGAGAGAACCCACAAGUGCUUAGACUGUGGAAAAAGUUUCACAUGGAGAUCAGUCCUUGUUAGACAUCUGGCAAUCCACACCGGAGAGAAACCCCAUAAGUGCUUAGACUGUGCGAAAAGUUUCAUACGGAGGUCAGCCCUUGUUAAACAUCAGGCAAUCCACACUGGAGAGAGACCCUAUAAGUGCUUGGACUGUGCGAAAAGUUUCAUACGGAGGUCAGCCCUUGUUAAACAUCAGGCAAUCCACACUGGAGAGAUACCUUAUAAGUGCUUGGACUGUGGGAAAAGUUUCAUACGGAGGUCAGCCCUUGUUAAACAUCUGGCAAUCCACACCGGAGAGAGAUCCCACAAGUGCUUAGACUGUGGAAAAAGUUUCCUGCAGAGAUCACGCCUUCUUAUACAUCAGAGAAUACACACUGGAGAGAGACCCCAUAAGUGCUUGGAUUGUGGGAAAAGUUUCCUACAGAGGUGGGACCUUAUUAGACAUCAGGCACUCCACACCGGAGAGAGACCCCAUAAGUGCUUGGACUGUGGGAAAAGUUUCAUACAGAGAUCACAUCUUCUUAUGCAUCAGAAAAUCCACACCGGAGAGACACAUAAGUGCUUAGACUGUGGGAAAAGUUUCCUAUGGAGGUCAGCCCUCGUUAAUCAUCAGAGAAUCCACACCGGAGAGAGACCUCAUAAGUGCUUGGACUGUGGGAAAAGUUUCAUACAGAGGUCAAGUCUUCUAAUACAUCAGAGAAUCCACACAGGAGAGAGACCCCAUAAGUGCUUGGAUUGUGGGAAAAGUUUCAUACAGAGGUGGGACCUUAUUAGACAUCAGGCACUCCACACCGGAGAGAGACCCCAUAAGUGCUUGGACUGUGGGAAAAGUUUCAUACAGAGAUCACAUCUUCUUAUGCAUCAGAAAAUCCACACCGGAGAGGGACAUAAGUGCUUAGACUGUGGGAAAAGUUUCCCAUGGAGGUCAGCCCUCGUUAAUCAUCAGAGAAUCCACACAGGAGAGAGACCCCAUAAGUGCUUGCAUUGUGGGAAAAGUUUCAUACAGAGGUCCGACCUUGUUAAACAUCAGGCAAUCCACACGGGAGAGAGACCCCACAAUUGCUUAGACUGUGGGAAAAGUUUCAGAUGGAGGUCAGCAUUUGUUAAACAUCAAGCAGUCCAUAAAAGAGGGAGACCAUAAGACUCUGGGAAAGGUUUCAGAAACAGAUUGGGCAAUCCACACAGGAGAGUGACCCCAUAAGUGUUUGGACCAUCUGAAAAGUUUCACAGAAAGAUCAAAUCUUAUAACACUCAGAGGAUCCACACAGGCGAACGAUCCCAUCAGAGCUCAGACUGGAAAAAGUCUCCUACAUAGGUCAGACUUUGUUAAAAAUCAGCUAAUCCACACAGACCUUGCUAAAAAUCAGGCAGUCCACACAGGAGGGAGCCCCCAGAAGUGCUUGGACUGUGGCAAAAGUUAUACACAGAGAUCACACCUCAUUAAACAUUGGCGAAUUCACACACGAUCUAAACUUCUGUGGCACCUGGUUCGAAAGAGUUAAGAACCUUGCAUGCUCAUUGACCAGCUCCAACCUUUUGAAACAUGUUAGAAAUGUGUGUAAAUGUAUUUGGGGCCAUUCCAAGAAACAGAGCCUAGAACUUUGAAAUGUAAACUGGUGUUGUUAAAAAAUUGGAAGAAGAUAGUAGUGCUCUUGAUUAAUUGCAGUUAAGUCACGUGAUUAACUCAAAAAAAUUCAUUGUGAUUAGAAAAAUUAAUCUCGAUGAAUCACAUUGUUAAACAAUGGAAUACCAAUUGGAAUUUGUUAAAUGGUUUUUGGAUGUUUUUCUACGUUUUCAGAUAUAUUGAUUUCCAUCACAACAAAGAAGAGAAAGUGUACAGGGCUCACUUUAUAUUAUUUUUUAUUAUAAAUACUUGUACUGUAAACAUGCAAAACAGAAGUAGUAUUUUUCAGUUCACCUCAUACAGGUACUGUAGUGCAAUCUCUUUAUCAGGAAAGUGUAACUUAGAAACAUUGAUUAUUUUAAUGAUAUAAGUGCACUCAAAAAUAAAGCAAUUAAAAACCCUAUA